AAUAUAGGUCUGUGAGAUCUACUUAUUUAACCGGAAAUGAACCACCGGAUACGUGGCAAUAAGAUUAGUCUUUUUCUUCCGUCAACGUCAACUCUAGCACAGCAAUGGCUUUACCAGCAGCAAGUUCAACAUCUGUUGGAGGGGGUCGUGGUGGUCCUUCAAAAAGUAUUACACCAAGGUCGUCAGGUGGAACCACAGCCAGACAAAGGAAACCUGCAGCUUCCAGUUCAGGAGGAGCUAGAAAAGCCGCAGGAAGCAGCGCUGGCAUGUGGCGCUUUUAUACAGAGGAUUCCCCCGGAAUUAAAGUUGGCCCAGUUCCUGUCUUGGUCAUGAGUCUCAUUUUUAUUGCCUCCGUUUUCAUGCUUCACAUUUGGGGCAAGUACACCCGCAGCUAAAUACACGCAGCCUGAGGCAUUCAAGGGAUUGACUUUGUUUUCAAAAUUGUACAAGGACCACAAUUAGUGUCAAGAUGAAAAACUUUAUAUGAAGUAACUGUGAAUUAUUGAAAGGUUAAGCCAUUGAGUCCUUAAACUCACUGCAUUUUGAAUUUGUUGGAAAGAGUGAUUGCCAGGCUGUGAAUGAGCGUUGGGUUAUGGACUAGUUCUUGUUAGUGAAGCUUUGUUUGACUUUGGACAUUUGUGUCAUUCCAUUUUUUGUGUGGAUGUUGUUUAGGGUUAAUGAUAGAGACAUUUACAAACUAAUCAAAUAUGUGUACUAAUGCUGUGGUGUGUGUGUGUGUUAUUUAAUGCUAAAGUAUGGAUGAGUCUCAGUUUUAUUAAAAAUGAACAUGCCUGAAACCCCUA